GGGUAAUUCAUUAAGGAGAGACCGUCUUUACAAAGCUUGCUGGGUAAUGACCUAAUGUGAAUCAUAUUGUCGUACUCUUUCACUCAUAUUUUCUCGCUAUGGACCUAAGGAAAGUCUCGGACGAAGAGAAAGUCAAGUUGUGUAGGAAAUACACAUUAGUUGGUCUGGCGUUUUUGCCUUUUCUCUGGCUUGUCAAUGCUAUUUGGUUCUUCCGCGAAGCAUUUUGUAGAGAAUCUUUUCCAGGACAGAAAAGCAUGAGAUCGAACGUCAUCAAAUCCUUUAUUGGGUUUUCAAUCUGGGCUGCUGGACUGUCUACUUGGAUUGUGAUGUACCAAACCAACAGGGCAUCAUGGGGGGAGCUUGGUGAUACACUGUCCUUUCUUAUCCCUCUGGGAGAGCCCUAGAUACAUUUAGUUACCAUAAUUGCUCAAAUAAGUGCCUUUCUCAAAUGAGCACCUCUCCUAAACCUGUUGCACCUCUAUGAAGAUGAGGGGGAGAUGAGAAGUUAUCUGCCAAAAUAUCCUAUCUUUGAGAGUUGGUUUUGGUUAUAGUUCUAUGAAAAUAUUUUUUACUUGCAUUUUAUAAGGGAUCUUGUAAAAAAAAUUAAAAUAUUCAGAAAAAUUCGGAAAGGGGGGAGAGGGGCAUCAUAUAAGAAUGGUGUUGAGUUUAUAUAUGGAUAGUCAUUCAGAAAAUGGAUAGGGGUCGGCUGGCAGGGCUUCUCUCCAGUUUUUUUCUUGGAUUUUUUUCAAGCUUAACAAGAUCCCUUUCAGCAUCCAUACAAGCAGCCAUCUUCUCUCGUCUUGUAUGGGUGCUGAAGGGGAAACGAGUAAAAUGGGCCCAUAAUACUCAGGAGAGAUCCCAAAAAGACAAGAAUAAAGUGAGUCCACUAUGAAGUCUUUUCUUUUAUUUUCCUUUUUUUUUUUUCAUCAUUCUACAAAUUCUCUUGCGUACUAGAAUACAAACCGAGUGCUUGGGUUACAUGUGGUUGUUAUAUAAACUCCCUUCAUUUAAACUAGAUUAAAAAUAUUGCAAAUGUUGUCAUCUUUAGAUAUUUACAAUUGUUAUUUUUUUCCUUACACCAUUAGUGUACAGAAGGGCAUUAAGGUUUAUUAAGAGCACUCUAUGCACAUGGCUUCUUAUCAAUCUCUGUAAAUAAAAAUGUGUAUUAAUGGUG